AUGAAGGAGCAUACUAGUAUUGUUAACGUUCUCAACGAGAUCUCGCUCAGCUCCCUCAAAGAUGAGAGCCAGAGGUCCAAGGCUCUUCUAGCAGCCUACGCUUUGGUGGCUCGACUGGAGACACCAUGGGAGACUACAGCUCGCCUCUGCAUGGGUCAGCCAGCUUUAGGAGCGACACUGAAAGUGUGUAUGGACCUCCAAUUAUUCGAGAGAUGGCACGAUGUAGGGGACAAAUCCAUGAGUUCGACAGAAUUGGCAGAGCUCGUACAAUGCGAAGCUGCUCUGUUAGAACGCUUCGUCCGUCACCUAGCUUCGAGCAACAUGCUCAAUGAAACAUCCAUCGGUAUUUUUGACCCGACCCCAUUUACCAAGUCGCUCCUGGACCCAGUGUUUGGAGAGUGGAUUCAUCACCUGCGACAAAUAGAGUAUCUUGCUCAAAACCAAUACAAGGUGCCCUUGGAUCCAGCAAAUGGCGUCUUCCAGUAUACCAAAAGCUGUAAAGGCGACAUGUUCGAUUACUACGCGUCUCACCCACGCGAGGGCGAGUCCUUCAAUCAUAUCAUGGGUGGGGUCAUGGCGAGACAAGCAGGCUGGCUGGAGAUAUACCCCCACGAGCGUGUACUGGAAACAGCCCUUGCAGAUGGCCCCUUGGUAGUCGAUGUGGGCGGGAACAUUGGCCACGAUAUGGAAAGGUUCCGUGCAGCGCAUCCCGAAAUCGCUAGUCGUCUGUAUCUCCAGGAUCGCCCUGAAGUUGUGAGACUGUCUAAAUGUCCAGACCCGGUCCACAAGAUGCCAUAUGACUUCUUUACACCGCAACCAGUAAAGGGUGCGCGUACCUACUACAUGCAUGGCGUACUGCACGACUGGUCCGACGCGCCCGCGGGCAAGAUCUUAGCGAUGCAGCGAGAUGCCCUUACGCCGGGUUAUAGCAGCCUUCUCAUACACGAUCAUAUCGCUCCUCGAGCACAGGCACACCCUCACUCAACGGCGUAUGAUCUCACAAUGAUGGUGAUGGUGGCGGGGACGGAGCGUACAGAAAGUGACUGGGAAAAGUUGUUGCAGUCCGAGGGGUACAAGAUAGUCAAGAUCUGGACCUCACCACUGGCUGUCCAGAGCAUCAUUGAGGCAGAAUUGGCUUAG